AUGCAGGACCACAGCAGUAUUUGGAAGGCAAAGCGACCUGGCGCAAUUGUUCUGUACCAUCAACCGAGCUGGGUUUUUAAAGAAAUUAUGCUUAGAAGCACACAUUGCUGCGUUUUGUCUUUCAGUGGUGAAAGUGGGGCAGGUAAAACCGAAAGCACCAAGUUGAUCCUCAAGUUUCUAUCAGUCAUCAGUCAACAGUCUUCAGAAUUAUCCUUAAAGGAGAAGACAUCCUGUGUUGAACAAGCUAUCCUUGAAAGCAGUCCCAUCAUGGAAGCUUUCGGCAACGCGAAGACAGUGUACAACAACAACUCCAGUCGCUUCGGGAAGUUUGUUCAGCUGAACAUCUGUCAGAAGGGAAAUAUUCAGGGCGGGAGGAUUGUAGAUUAUUUAUUAGAAAAAAAUCGAGUAGUAAGGCAAAAUCCUGGGGAAAGGAAUUAUCACAUAUUCUAUGCACUGCUGGCAGGGCUGGACCAUGAAGAAAGAGGUAAGCAAAUGGGCAGUAGCAGAGAAAUACACAUUAGCAGCUCAUUUUCGAUUCAAAACACAUCGGUAAAGGCGAAGACAUCUGUUUUGAUGUUGUUGAUAUUCCACCAAUUGCAAUGA